UGCAGUUGGUGCAGGAUAGGAAACCCCCUCCUCCAAAACGGACGGUUGUCAGGACAACACAAUGCGCUGGAUCGCUACAAUGUUUCUGCUUUGACUCGUGAAUUCUGAAUAGGUAAGAGUGUUGUUAUUUUCAGCAGAAUUUUUUUUUCAAUGUUUCUGCUUGUAGAACUUUGGAAUACACAGGUUGCAACAUUCUGCUGCUGUCUGUAGCUGGGCUAAAGGGUGAACUGUUGCGCUUGGGGUGUAUUCAUAACGCAGAUUAUGUUGCAAAAAAUACAUUAUGUUCAAAACGUUUUGCAACAAAAACGAGAGUUUAUAUUGGACAAAUUCGGGUAGGUCCCUCCCCGUUUCGGUUCGUUUGUUCUCCUUGCUUCCAUUUGGUUUAUAACUGUGUUCGUAAAAUCACUCUGGCUAUCUACUCCGAUUUCAGAGCACUCUCGUCAGAGUGUGCCAGAGCGCUGACGAAUUUACGACCCCCUGUUGAAUAUGGCCGGUGUUAAACGUCGGCAAAAAAAGCGUAACUAAUCAUUGUUGCAAGCAGCACAGUUACAGUCACCGGCGCUCUGGAUAACAUGAAAACAGCCUAACCAGCUCUGUUAGGGCAAGUAAAAUGGUCAGAGUUAGGUGUUCUUUCAUUCGUGUCUGGAAGUAGCUCGGAUCAAGAGUCCAGUGUGCGCUCUGAACACUCUGAGAGAGAAACGCUCUUAAAUUACAAACGGACAAUAUGAAAACACUCUGGAUUUACGAACGCCCAGAGCACACUCUGAGUGCAUUCUGGCACUCCAGAUUGAAUUUACGAACACACCCUUGAUGGUUAGACAGUAAACGGUUUCUGUUGCAAGUCAUAAUAGUUUGCCCAUUUUGGGAGAAACCAUUUUCCAAGUCGGCACAACAGUAGGCCCUGUUCAGUGCAUUCUGCAUUACAUACAUUCUUUCAGGAGACUGAAUUCUCCUAAUGGCUCAUUUAAGCCUAUAGCUACUAUACUGUUUACUUAGUUGGAACUGAUAAAUGUCUUGUAUGUGUUAUUAUUUAUCUGUUUGUGUUGACAUGGUUACCAUCAACCACACUAUACGAUACACAAAUAAUUUUAGCCUUGAAUGUGCUUAGGUGCCUAAUACAAAGCUUCCCCCUUAUGAGUAGCUAGACAACAGGCAGAGUCAUGUCUGAUUUAGCUAGAGACAAGGCAGCUCGUCUUCUGAAGAAGAGAGGUAGUGUGUCGUCCCUUGGCAGCCAUGAUGUCAGAGCCAAGGAAACAGGGGGCAAGAUCAAGGAUUCUAUAAGCACCGUAUCCUAUAUCGAUGAGCCUGGUCACCAUGACGAUAACCCUCGACCCGCAGUACAGAUGGAGAACACCUUCCAAUUGGCACCACAUAGACGCUUCCCUGUUCUCACGGUCAAUGACAUCCUGAAGGAUGUGCUCGACAGUUACCUGCAAGAAGAGAAGUAUGAAGCUGAGCUCUGUCGGCAGAUGACAAAGACCAUAUCCGAGGUGAUCAAAGCCAGGGUGAAGGAUCUGAUGGUUCCCCGUUAUAAGAUCAUUGUUCUGAUCAGCAUCGGACAGCUCAGUGACCAGAACAUGCGCAUCGGGAGCCGCUGCCUGUGGGACUCCUCCAACGAUACCUUCUCCUCACACUCCUUCAAGAACAGCUCUCUCUUCGCCGUGGCCAACGUCUACGCUGUUUACGUUGAGUGAGUCAUCACCCAUCGUCACAGAUGACUGUCUUGGACUGUGGGUACUCAAGUCCUAUAUAGUCUUAUGUAGUCUGUCAUAAGGGCUACAUAACAGUGUUGUAAGCAUGACAUAAUAGAUUUGAUUUUUUUUAAAUCACGACUGUUGGUGUCUGUUUAUGACAACUGUGAUGACUCAAAUAAUGUUUCGAUCGGCUAAUUGGGCAAGCUUAAAGCUAGCCAACUGGCUUGUGUCGUGACAGUGUUAAGUCGAUAGCCAUAAAGUGACACCGACUGUAAUGUCAUUGUCACGACUGUCUUAUGUAAUCCCUAUGACCGAGCUUUCAAGUAAAGUGUACCAAAUGACCUAUGUUCUAUUUCUGUGUUCGUACAAUAGACUGUGGGUAUUCCAAAUGGUCUAUCGUGUGUAUGAUGUUCAUUUGCAUAUCAUGGAGAGUGCUAGGAAACCUUUAAAUGAAGGUCAUGCCUAGAGCAUUGUGGUUUUAUCAAACAGACUGUACGUAUCAAGGAAGUAUCAGAGGCAAUAACAAUGUAGUCUCAGGAAAAAGGAAAUAAGUUCAUACCAUAGUCUGAAUAUCUUUCUGGAAAGGAUUCAUUUUGGUUACAUAUGUUCUUGUCUGUGUAAUAAUGUACAAAUAAUGUAUAAUACAGCAUUUCUUGAUCCUUUAAAUCUCAAAUAGCUUUUGCAAUCACUGUGGCACAUCGUCACACACUGUCUUGUCUUCUAGCAUAUUUUGAAUAUUGUUCUCAGAUUUUGUAGAGCAUGUUUUAUAUUUUUAAGAAACUUAAGACUUAAAAAAAAAUUGUCUUAAGUUUCAUCCUGAGAGGCAAAGUCUGUUCAAUUCUCAUAUAGACCUCAUUCAGUGGAAGUGUUAUCGAACUGAUGACUUGAACUGAUGGGUUUUCAGUGUCAUAACUUGUUGAAAUAAUUUGCUGGUCUUGUCAUAACUUUCUGAAUAGAUUGUUGAUUUUGUACAGUUGUCCAGUCAAAAUGUCUACUUGCUGAAUGUAACCCAUUCGCUUUGGUUAGCUAAAAUGGCCCAUUGUACAACAUGUAUUGCCUCUUGUUGAAUGAAUAAAAGUCAGGUCAACCAUAAUAAAGACAUCUGAGGAGAUAUCACAA